CACAGAUUAAUUUAAUGGUUUGGUCCGGGCGCCGACCUCAUCUUAAAAUAGAAAAAAUAAAGUUUCAGAACAGGGCUUUAAUAUUAUAACACUAUUUUUCUUAAUUACAAAUAGAAGAGUGAUAACGGCUCAGCAUGGGAAAUAGUAAGACAAAAUUGAAAGAAAUGUUUAAAAAAAUCUUCACUUGGUGCUACUUCAAGAAUUUGCUACUAAAUCCAUCGCAACUUUUAUUGGUGUCGUUACUGAUAAUAGUGACCGAACUAGUGCUUAAUAUAUUGAUCGUGGAAAAGGUGCCGUACACUGAAAUAGAUUGGAAAGCUUAUAUGCAAGAAUGUGAAGGAUUUUUAAAUGGUACUCUAGAUUAUAGCAAGCUUCGUGGUGACACUGGCCCGCUCGUGUACCCAGCAGGCUUUGUGUAUAUUUACUCUUUUCUUUAUUUAAUCACAAAUCAAGGAGAAAAUAUAAAACUUGCUCAAUAUAUAUUUAUAGGUAUUUACUUAUUACAAUUAACUUUAGUUUUCAGAAUUUAUUUAAAAGCCAAAAAAGUGCCUCCAUAUGUUCUAAUUUUAGUUAUAUUAACAUCUUAUAGAAUACAUUCUAUUUAUGUGCUGAGACUUUUUAAUGAUCCAAUUGCAGUACUGUUGUUAUAUGUAUCAUUGAAUUUCUUUUUAGAAUCCAAAUGGUUUUUAGGAAGCUUAUUCUACAGCCUGGGUGUUUCUGUUAAAAUGAAUAUACUUUUGUAUGCUCCUGCAUUGUUUUUCUUUUAUUUAGUUAAUUUAGGCUUAAAGCUAACUUUAGUUCAACUUUUGAUCUGUGGUUCUGUGCAAGUUUUAUUAGGUUUACCUUUUUUAAUCAGCAAUCCUGUUUCAUAUAUAAAAGGUAGUUUUGACAUUGGACGUGUCUUUAAUCAUACUUGGACAGUGAACUACAGAUUUCUAGAUAGUGAAAUAUUUGAAAAUAAAUUUUUUCAUUUGUCUUUGUUAUUAAUACAUGUUUUAUUAUUGGUUGUGUUUAUACCUAUGUGUGUAAAAUAUUUUCAAAGCUAUUGUCGUCUUCGUUAUGUUCAAAAACAAGUACAACCUCAGAUAGAUGCGAAAAAUCAUGAAAAGAAAAAGAAAUUGAAAAUGGAAACAAAACUAAAAACAGGAAAGAAAAUAAAUGAAAAGGAGGUAAUCACAAAAGAACAAGAAGAAUUCUUAACGUCAUUUGAAGCAAUGUUAAAAAAAUCUUCAAGAAAAUCUGUAAAGCAACCAGUUAGCAAACCAACAGAAACAAGUGAUUACAGUAUAGACUUUGAUAUUUUAACUCAGUUGUUUAUCCUUCCAAUGUUUAUUGUAAAUUUUAUUGGUGUUGUGUGUGCAAGAAGCCUACAUUAUCAGUUCUAUUCGUGGUAUUUUCACAGUUUGCCAUAUAUUCUUUGGUCCAAUAAUUUUUCAACUAUUUUCAGAUUCCUACUACUGGCUUUAGUUGAAAUGUGUUGGAAUACAUAUCCAAGUACAAUAUUCUCAAGUGUUACACUACACAUUUGCCAUGUGGCUAUAUUGUAUGGUGUUUAUAAAAAAAUGUCAAAUGAAUUGAAAACUGUAGCAAAACUAGAUUAAAUUUGUUUUAUUUCAUCUAGAUAC